AUGGACACAGUAGUCAAGGAGGCACGAUAUGUGCUAAAUGCUGCCGUGCUGUGGCCCCUGCAGCCGUCGUUCCCAGCCAUUGCGCUGGAUGCUGUCAUCGCCGCGCUGCCCUAUGAUUACCCGUCUUCCAGGGCCAGCCUGCGUGCCACCUGCCGAGCCGCUCGCGCGGCGAUGGACGCGCGUUGCGAGCGCCUGUGCGUCUCUGCGAACUACGCGACGUUCGCAGCGUCCGCGCCGCGGUUCACGUCACUGCAGACGCUGGACGUCAGCAGCAUAACCAGGCCCGGCGAAGGCGAGGCCGUCGCGCGUGCGCUGCAGCUGCUGACGGCGGCGCCCCUGGCCAGCGUGCAGCUGUACAUCGAGGAAGGGGCGCCGGACGCCGACGUCAUCGCAGUGGCCAGGGAGCUGGGCGCGCUCACGGCGUUGACAGGCGCCGCCCUGCACGCCCACGUGAGCCGCCGCGGGGGGCGUGCGCUAAUCAAGGCCGCGGCGGCCCUGCCAGGGCUGAAGCGCCUGCACCUCGACCUCGUCGUCAAGCGCCCCCUGGAGCCGGAUGACAGCUUGUACAUCCUUGGCUAUCAUGAACCCCCAUUCGAACAUCGCCCCUCAGACGGGUGGUUCGAUGCAACGCCGCUGGUUGACUUGGACUGGCCCCUGCUUGAGGAAGUUCGCCUGAGGCGCGCGGCGCUCGCGCUUUUACCGCAGCUGGCGGCCGCCCAGCUGCCGCGUCUGCAGCUGCUCGCCGUAGAGGACACCCUCCAUGCAGAUGCAGCGGCUGGCGGCGCAGCAGUCGAUUCACUGUGGGGCGCCGCAUGGUUUGGCCACAUCACGCACCUGGUGUUCAAGCUCCCGGAUGGGCACCCAGUGCGGCUCAGCGGAUUUGCGCCGCUGCCAGGGCCAGCCGCGGCAGCCGCACCGGCUGUCCUCGCGCUGCGGGAGCUUUCAAUCAGCCCCAUUGUGUUGAGCCAUGACGAAGCUCGCGCGCUGGCGGCGGCCUCCCUGCCGGCCCUGCGCAAGCUGGCCCUGGCUGGCGUGGAGGGCGCCGGCCUGGAGGCGCUCGCGGUAGCGCCCUGGCUGCGCAGCCUGGAGGACUUUGCAGCAGAGGCUCGGCCAACGCUGUCCGAGGCCGCUGCAGCGGCCCUGGCGGCCGCCGCUCUGACCAGCCUCACGCGCCUGGCCAUCGGCGGCAAGUUGUGUUUAUUCAACGCAGCCUCGGCGGCUGCGCUCUUGGCCAACCCGGGGAUCUUUGUCAGCAUGCACAAUCUGCACCUCAAAAAUUUGCAAAUAGGCAGCGCCGACGGCAGCAGUGACGGGGAGCCACUACGGGCGCUGGCGCGCAUGCGCAUGGAGCACCUGACAAGGCUCGAGCUCCAAGGCGCGCAGCUGGCGGCGCACGACUUUUUGUCGGUGCUGCCGCGCGCGCCGUGGAUUGGUCAACUCGUGGAGGUGAAUAUAGCUGAGAAUGACCUUGGAGGCGUUCAGACGUUUGAGGCGCUGGCGGACCUGCCCAUGACCAGCAUCCAGCGCGUGGAGCUCAGCCACUGCGGCCUCACCCCGGCCUGCAUCGCGGCGCUCAAUGACGCGGUGUGGCUCGAGGGCAUCCAGAUGCUCACACUUUAUGACAGGUUUGAGACACGCCAUGAGAUGAACCUAGUGACACGCGUGCUUGAUGUCAACAGUGACCCCCUCUCGCAGCUCCGGGACAGUGGGAGGUUCAGUGUGGCCUCAUCCGCGCGCUAUCAUGAUGAUGACCUGGUGGUUGACGACGAGGAUCCGGGUGAUGAUGGCGAAGAUCUCUAUGACAAUUUGGGCGAAUGGCGGUGGUAG